AUGGAUUCUCGAAAGACCACAGCAAAACGCUCCACCGAGCGCUUUCUGCUGAUUCGUUUGGGAUCGAUAUUUUUAAUCGGGAUCAUCAUUUUCGUACCAGUGAUAGCAGCCCUGCGAGACGUUCAGGUACAGGUGCCACCCGCUGUGCGGCGAGGAGACACAGCCACCCUGCACUGCUACUACGACAUGGAUGGGGAAAGUUUGUACUCGGUUAAAUGGUACAAGGGACGGCGAGAGUUCUAUCGCUACACACCGAAGGAAAGCCCACCAAUGAAAAUAUUUUCCGCCCAGGGUGUUCAAGUGAAGCGUUCAGCCUCCAACGAAAGUCAACUCACGCUGCUUGGACUGUCGCUUGCAUCGUCCGGAAAGUAUAGCUGUGAAGUGUCAGCCGAUGCACCUUCCUUUCACACCAUGAUCGUGACCGGGGAUCUGGAAGUAUGCGAGGUCCCGAAGCAUGUGCCCUCGAUACAUGGUAUGCGAACGCGGUACCGGGUCGGGGACAUCGUACGCGGAAACUGCACGUCUCACAACUCGCGCCCACCGGCCAACCUAACCUGGUACAUCAACGAGGCGCAGGCUAAUCCAUCCUAUAUCCGCACACACAAACCGUUCCGGGAGCGAAAGAACGAGUUCGAGACAUCGCUCGCCGGCAUACACUUCGUGGUGGGCAGCCAUCACUUCGUGAACGGCAAGCUAAAGAUCCGAUGUACGGCUAGAAUACAUGACAUCUAUUUACAGUCUACGGAACGUUCGAUCGAUGAGGAUCGACCACGCGUUAUUUCGGCUGCUUCGUCAGCAAACAGCAAUGGAAAUGGUGCCAAUGGAAAUGCGGUUCCAUACGACCAUUUUCCACCUUACGCUGAGAAUGAACUUGACCGGAAGGACUACAUGACUCAUCUUCAGGGAGACAUGGCGUCUUCUGGGAGUGCUCCUUCUGCUCGCCCAGCUCUUCCAGCGGUAUCGCUUAACAGUAUCGAUCAUUUCCGGCUGACAUCCGUCAAUCAACUCAGCUGGACCUUCGGCCCACUCACGGUACUGUUGCUGCCCCUUGCUCACCCACUGCUCUGUUCGCUCAUCAACCGUCUAUCUGCGUCCCUGCGGGCAUGA